CAAAAUCCGACUGGUAAGCGAAUUCUACAGCCAGAACUCCCGUCUCGUCACCUGCUCCCCGGACUUUUUCUAACCACACCAACGCCAUCGCGACCACCACAUCAAAGUCACCGUAAAUGGGUCGCCUUCAGGAAUACCAGGUCAUCGGGCGCCAUCUGCCCUCCGAGACCAACCCCACUCCCAAGCUGUACCGCAUGCGAAUCUUCGCGCCGAACGAUGUCGUCGCCAAGUCCCGCUUCUGGUACUUCCUCACGAAGCUAAAGAAGGUCAAGAAGGCCAACGGCGAGAUCGUGAGCCUGAAUAAGAUCCACGAAAAGCGCCCCCUCCGCGUCAAGAACUUCGGCAUCUGGAUCCGAUACGACUCGCGAUCCGGCACGCACAACAUGUACAAGGAGUACCGCGAAUUAUCGCGAGCCGACGCCGUGCAGGCUCUCUACUCGGAUAUGGCCGCCCGACACCGAGCCCGGUUCCGGUCCAUCCACAUCUUGCGGGUGGUGGAGAUCCAGAAGACCGAGGACAUCCGAAGACAAUACAUCAAGCAACUCAUCACCAAGGGCCUUACCUUUCCCCUACCCCACCGCCAGCCCAAGAUCAGCAACAAGAAGGUGUUCAGCGCCACCCGACCUUCCACUUUUGCGUAAGGGGUGGUUUUUUCUCAUCGUCUUGCCGUCCGGGGGGGGUUGGGAAUCGGGUUUGUGCCGGUGUUCAUUACGGAAUUGCGGAAAAAACUUCCAUUUGGCAUGUUUCGCUCCAUAGAGAAGAGCCACGAAUGCAUACCACAGACGAAUCAAUGAUGCGUACAACAACCAUUGCUACUACUUCCCACUUGCCGUUUUAUGGCCUCAUAUAUA